UAUACACAUCACAUGUGACCAGGACGAUAUCGCUUCGGGUUUUCCUGACCGAAAAGUUUUGCGUUGACAAAUGGCUAGGAAUUUGACGUGGACCAGGCGAGCAAGAGGAUGGACAUUGUGCAAAGCAGGAAAGGUAUAUACGGAAAGCCAAAGAAGAAAGACCCCACCUGACACCGCAGGUGAGGAUGCCCGCGUCUCUGGACAUCUGCAACUAUCGCCGCCCCACGCUUUUCUCCCACCCAUCCCACCAGGUCUGUCUCUUUUUGGCGCUGAGAAUGGCCCUUUCCUACCCGCGGGGCACUUCCCAGAAACCUCGGAUGCCAGGUCCAAGCCCAUUAACAGCCCACAGGGAGAAAACAGCUGCGAAAAACUAGAUGCGCCACUUAGCCCAGGGCACGAGUUGAUACUGAGUUUGAAAAACUUGGCUGAGCGCGCGCCAAACUAGCUGAUCUUUUCCCUUAAUCCUUCUUCCUCUUUCGUGCUCCUCAAGAGCUAGGCGUAACCCUAGCUUUCCUGGAGGUGACAGUGCCCAAGUGGCACUGAUAAGACAGCUUUCUUAAGAGAAGUGAGCGGGUCGGACACUGGGUGCAGAGUUGGGGCUGGCGUGCGCGGAGGAGCACCUUGGCCGACCGGGCCAGGAGAGGAGAGCCGCUGUCCGUCCCGGCUCGGGUUUAGGCGCCAGGCGCGCCGCUUGCAGCCUCGGCUGCUGGCAAGGGCGGGCGGGCGUGGACGCACUGCGUACGUCCAGCCCGAGAUAGGAAGUGGAACUGGGAGCGCGUGGAGCAGACUGAGCGGGAGUUUUGGAGGGAGUUCGCAUGUGGUCAGCUCCGGGCUCCUAAGCCAGCCCCCAGCUCACAUUACACUCUGUUUAUAACCUCUCAGAGCCGUUUCCCCCUGAAAGCAGUUCUCUGGGACCACCUUCUUUUGGCUUCAACCUCUCCUACUCUUGACAUCUGAGUAGCUCGAAGGGAAGCUUCUCCAGGUCCGAGUGUUUAUAUGUAAAGGAGACUGGCCGCUAGGGCUCAGGACCGGGAUUAUCCGAGCUCUGCAGAAACGGCUGCUAUUUGUUUGGGAGGGGGAAAACACACGAUUUCCAGUGAAAAGUGACAGAGGGUGGUAGCGUUUGGAACCAUCGUGAAGUCUUCUGCUUGGAACCCGAGACUUGCAUGCUAUGGAACACCCGCUCUUUGGCUGCCUGCGCAGCCCUCACGCCACCGCGCAAGGCUUGCACCCGUUUUCCCAGUCCUCUCUCGCCCUCCAUGGAAGAUCUGACCAUAUGUCCUAUCCCGAGCUCUCCACUUCUUCCUCGUCUUGCAUAAUCGCGGGAUACCCCAACGAGGAGGGCAUGUUUGCCAGCCAGCAUCACAGGGGGCACCACCAUCACCACCAUCAUCACCACCACCACCACCAGCAGCAGCAGCACCAAGCUCUGCAAACCAACUGGCACCUUCCGCAGAUGUCCUCCCCCCCGAGUGCGGCUCGCCACAGCCUCUGCCUCCAGCCGGAUUCGGGAGGGCCCCCGGAGCUGGGGAGCAGCCCGCCGGUCCUGUGUUCCAAUUCUUCCACCUUGGGCUCCAGCACCCCGACCGGGGCCGCGUGCGCGCCAGGGGACUACGGCCGCCAGGCGCUGUCACCCGCGGAGGCGGAGAAGAGAAGUGGCGGCAAAAGGAAAAGCGAUAGCUCAGACUCCCAGGAAGGAAAUUACAAGUCAGAAGUCAAUAGUAAACCCAGGAAGGAAAGGACAGCUUUUACCAAAGAGCAAAUCAGAGAACUUGAAGCAGAAUUUGCCCAUCAUAAUUAUCUGACCAGACUGAGGCGAUAUGAGAUAGCAGUGAAUCUGGAUCUCACUGAAAGACAGCUCUUGGUGACAAUGAUGAUGAUGUGUUUCUUCCAUCUGGAAUUAUCCACGGAGAAAAUGUCCCUAUGGAGAAUCUUGAAAGGCUCAUUAUUCCAAUAUUACAAAUAUGAAAAUUGGGGUAGAGAGAAGUAUAAUUUUCUCAAAUUCACACAGAAACUCAGAAGUGAAGCCAGGAGUAGAGCCCAACUCAUGUGGAAAAGAUCUAAUGCAACAUGCAAUGUCAAGCUUGCAAAGGUGAAAGUCUGGUUCCAGAACAGACGAAUGAAAUGGAAGAGAGUAAAAGGAGGACAGCAGGGAGCUGCCGCUCGAGAAAAGGAACUGGUGAAUGUGAAAAAAGGAACACUUCUCCCUUCGGAGCUCUCGGGGAUUGGGGCAGCCACCCUCCAGCAGACAGGGGACUCUCUAGCAAAUGAAGACAGCCACGACAGUGACCACAGCUCAGAGCACGCACACUUAUGAUGCACAGCGAGGCUCAGCUCUCUUCUCAGGAAAGAAAUGGUGUGAUGGCAAGCCUUACUCAAACAUCGUUUACACAGAGAGAGGACUAUGACAGUGAUUUUUUAAUAUUAUUAAAUUCAGCCAUCUCCAGUCUGUUUUUCAUUUUCUGAUUUAUAGAGGGUUUACACUAAGUGCCACUUAUGAAAGAUGCUUCCUCAGUGAAGAUGGAGGUGAACUUGCUUUGACUAUUCCAGAUAUGUUGGUCGUGUGUGUGACAGUAAGCAGGUAUGUUUGCUUUUGCUUGCACUGAAAAUUAAAUUGCUAUCAAGAGCAAACUAUGAGACAUUUUAAUUCAAGAUGCCUCCAGAGUGAAGAUGCAGAAGAUGAACUUGCUUUGAACAUUCCAGAUGUACGAGGUCAUGAGUAUGACAGUGGGCAGGUAUUUGCUUUUGCUUGCACUGACAAUUAAAUUGCUAUCAAGAAUAAACCAUGAAACAUUUUAUCCUGAAUAGCCACAGUGCCUGAAAUCACUCUUAAGUGGAUAAAAAAUGUAUUUUAACUCUGUAUAUAUUACCCUUAAGUCAUUUUCCUGUCUUCACUAAGUUUAGCGAUGCAUUCAUAUUAGCUGAUGAAAACAGGCACUCACGAUGACAACCAGAACCAGCUUCCUGUCUGUUUAUACACUUUGUCAUCCCAGAAACAAUCAGCACGUGCUUACUUGUGUUCAAGUAGAGGAAAAUACAUUAGCGUCUGAUAGGACAUAUUCUUGUACCACAGACAAAACAAAUCUUAUGUUGCAUUUUCUAUCAACUGCUGCUAAUACAUUAUUAUAAAACUUACCUAGCUCCUCAAUUCUUCCUAUCUUAUAGCUUGACAAAAAAUUUAGGAUCAUAGGCAAAUCAGUUAACUUACAGAAAGAGCUUUGUUUGACAGACUUUGUCUGAUUUUAUUUCUUUAAAAUGCUAGCUAUUAUAUGAUUUAAUUAACAAGAAAAAUGUUACCCCUUGAUUGGUGAUGGCAUUAGACAAGUUGCAAAGCAAAAUUGAUUCCUCAAGUUGGUAGAAGAUAAAAUUCUGAAAGUCUUCAGAUGAGAUUCAGUAAAAGCAUUAUUUUUUUCAUAUAUGAUGUAUUCAUGCAGAACAACAAUCUUUGUAUUUUGUAAAAAAAAAAAAGUGUUUAAUAAAUGAUCCUUUGUAAAUAAUUUUGGUCUCCCUGCUGUGAUUUCCUAAAUUUUUACAGGUUUUAAUGUAAAUACUUAAAGUCCCAAAUUCAUCUGCACUUGUGUAUAUCCAGAUGAUCAUAAUAAAUGAAUCAUCUACAUUUUUUCUCUGGUUUCUGAAUUUUUUAACUGUGAAAAAAAAUAAAUCCUUGGGUAAUCAAAGAGCAUCUAAGAACACAUAUGUAUUAAACCAUUUUCCUGAUUUGAAGAAUAUGCCAAGUAGAUUUUUAUGUUUUAUGAAAUUGAAAAUAAAAGGAGAAAAAGUAAUACUAUUUGCCACGAUGAGGUAAAGGGAACAGUUACACAUUUUGAAACUUCCAUAUAAUAGAUAUGAAUCCAUUGAUUGUUCCUAAGUUAAAACAUCCAGAGUUUUUGAUGUGAAAAUAAGCUAAAUAGGCUAAUCCAAAUUCUUAGUCCUAAUGGAAAUUACCAAUGUAAGAAGUUAAGGAUUAUACUAAUGUAUUUUGUUUCAUGCAUGGUUGCACAUGCAUUAGAGAUCUAAGUCCUACUGAUAACUUUAUAACACUUUUUCAUUUGUUCCAUAUUGUAACCUAAAAUGUUUAGAAAUACCCAGAAGCUCCCUCUCCCCCCUAAGUAAUCCAAAAUAGAAACAGAGAAAACUAAUCAGUAAAAAUUUCCAAAACCUCAUUAUUUAAUUUCAAUUGCUUUAGAAUGGUGAGAUUGACCAAAAAAAAAAAAAAAAAGAUUUGAUUGAUCUCAAUUUACUUAGUCUAGCAUGAUAGAGUAUUCAAUAAAUUUUAAAAAUUAGAUUGUUUAUAUCACUUUUUUCCUUUGUGUAAUAAAUUUUAUCACAGCAGUUAGCAACAUUUCUAAAUUAACUUUGGGGGUGAAGACCAUUUACACUGACACCUUCCAGGCAAAAAACAAACACUCUUCUAUCAAUCACUUGAAUGAAUACAAAGUAUAUUUGUACUGAUGACAUCUACUUGGGUGGACUGACUUUCUUUAUUGUAAGAUUUAAAUUCAAAACAUCUUGACAAAUUGGAGAAGUGGGAAGAUAUAAAUCGAAUUGAGUUCAAUAGGGACAAAGUGGAGGAUAAUUCAUUGCGGCAGGAAAAUAAUUUCCAGAAAUAAGAGGAAAAGACUGCUUAGGAGUAGCUAAAGAGAGAGCUAAGGGUUGUGGCCAAAGAGAAAGAGAUAAGAAUUACAAUUUUGUAUGAUAAAUGAAGUAGGAAAAAGUGAUUCUGAAUAGAUAUGACAGGAAAUGUGAGGCAUUUGUAUUGUGGACUUUAUUAGAGAAUUGUGAGCUCCUCUAAAAUGAUGUAAUGAAAUUUGACUCCAGAGACCAUGAAGAAUCACUAGGCAGGAAGGACCACUGGCUGACCAAAAGGGGGCAUCAUUUUAUUCAUAAUAGAUUAAAAUGAUCACCAUAUUAAAUGCUGGAACAUGUUAGCACAAUGAUAACACAUCGACAAGUAAACAAGCAGGCUAGAUUAAUUUUAAUUAGAACUUGCUAUCUUUCUGGAGUAUUUUUGUAUUCUUCCAUCUAAAAAGUGGCACACAGGUUUGCUAGAUAAUAACUUAACAUCAUUCUAGAAUUAAAAUCCUCUGAGGAAAUUUAAGAUAUUCUCACGUGCUAUCAAGUUUAAUUUACUCCAGAUAUGGCAAAAUCUGAAAGAAUUCUACUUGUUUUUAUUCUACACUAGGACCCUGGCUUGCCAUGGUAUCUUUUCACAUAAUGCCCUUUUCAUGUAUUUCUGUCUCAGACUUGUAGCUCUGUGGAAAUUUGUAAUAUCAUGAAAGUACCUUUCUCUGAAAAUAGUAUGGAAUCAUGGUGAGAGCGAUUUUUCCAGCAGGAUUCAGAAGGAUGAACACUACGAAGUUUUUCCAAAAGCUGAUCCACAUAUUUUAACUCAUUAUUAACACGACCCCAAUUACCCCUUAUUUCCCGUAUUUACCUAGGGUUGUCAGCAUAUGUUUUCCCUUUCAGAGACCUAAGACCUAAGUCC